GUCCCGAAUUGGCAAAGCGCUAUCCCGACAUCGUACUACCAAUGUUGCUCCAGGGCGGAGCUAGCUCGCGCUCUUCACCCCCCACGAUCAACCAGGCCUUCAUCACUUAGUCGAUUAACCAGUACAGACCCAGCGCGGCACCCGGUCGAGUAGCCAUUGGGGACUGCAUCCGGUGAAAUGUCGUUUGCUACCUACCCUCCCGACCCGAAGCCCGACCCGAAGCAUAUCAAGCAAGGUACAAUGCGUCUUCAAUUCAACACUCACCUACCGUUUGCGCAAUAUGGGCUCGUCAACUCGAUCUCUCUACUGCGAAGAUCCGCAGGCAAAUCAUCAAUCCGCCUUAGAUCCUUUGUCUGCCUUCAAGGAGACCCAACAAACAAAAGACAAUCUUCCACCACACCAACGGCUACUCUCAGACGAAGAGCUUGCUCUUACAAAUAAAAAACCACAAUUACCAACAAACAAGACACUAAGCUCUAUAUCUGGCCCAUCCUCCACCGGCAUCCAUGGGCACCACAUACCGGACACAGAUCCUUGUUUCAUAGCGGAACUGUGGGACGCAGUGCUUCGCGACAUGGAUACCGCGCCGUUGUCAACCCAAGACCUCACCACCAUCACGAACUCUCCACAUGCAUUCGGCAUUCCAAGCGACAUUUCCGACAUAAACUACGAGACUCUGCGCACCACCAUCCUGUUCCCCGACGAUCCACUAGGCUCCAACACCAACGAGCAGCGCUAUGCAACAUACCAGGAGCAAUUCCCCCACCUGCACGUAUGGCUCGACCCCGCCUCUUCAGCGGAGAUUCUCCCAGCGCUCAAGGCUAUAUUUAGCACGACAGUGGCAGACAUGAAAGCCUAUGCGUUUGAGGUCUUGUUUCGGGCCGGCGAAUCCUAUAUCCAGGACCAGAGCUCAGGCAUCAGACGGGUUGCAGAGGAGACGCUGAAGUUCGGGCCGAAACGUGCUGGCAGUGGACAUGUUGUGUCGAACGACGCAGACAGGAUGGUGCAGCCGCCGAAAAUUCUCGGUCAUCAGAUACCGCCUGUCAGCGGCAGGCUAUCCCGGGCCGUGACCAGUGUGUUCUCUCCCAGCAAGAAGAAGCAUGCGUCCAGCGCAAAUAUCAAUACCCAGGCCGACGGCAUCCGCAUCUUCUGCGUCUACUACCUGGCCCAUAUCUCGAACAAGCCGUUCGCUUUCCAGCGCAACCUUCCGACAUGGACUCCAAAGGAUCCGCGAUUCACUCCCUAUCUUUCUAUCUACGUCGAUCGCGAGCCGGACAACUUCUACACCAUGGAUGAGCUGAAGAUUGCUUCAACCGUUAUGGUAUACAACCAAUGGUUGUUGCGCGAACGUGCAGCGAAGAAGAAAAAUUUCCACGACAACGCACAUCAACUCCCACUCUGUCACUGGAGCAUCAAGAUCUCGUCCUUUGACUGGGGUCUGUACGUCACGAGGCCUUCCAGCAUGAAAGAGUGGAAGGGAUCAAAGGUUCAGGAAGUUUAUUGUCGUCGCCUUGAACUACAGACGCUCCAGUUCCUGAUGGCUACUAUCAACGACAUCCACUUCUGGGCACUGACUAAGUAUACGCCGGCAUGCAAGGAGCUUAUUGGAGCUAUGAUGGGUACGGACUUGUGAAGGGAGUGCAGCCGGGACGCCAGAUGGCCAAGGAAAGCACGGUGGCGUUAUUGAGAGUUGGGAAUCGGUAUCAGGCUCAUGGGGUUUGCACCGGUCUUGCAGGGAAACUCUGCAUCUGUGAACGGAGGUUAUUAGUCUAAAACUCCACCCUUCCUCUAGCUGUAGAUGCAGGAGUUCCAGUGCAC